AUGACCUCAGGCAGAAAGCGUUCUCUCUCCAGUACGAAGCGCGACAUCUCACCACCAAAUAAAAGGAAGCCAAAAGUCCAGGCCUCCGUGACUAGCCAAAAUGUUGCUGAUUUUUUCAAGCCUGCUUCACAGAAACCUGCAUCCAUCCAGUCAAAGAACAAGGUAUCAUGGCAUAUAGUGAAGAACAGCUGCAUAGUGGGCAGGUAUCUCGUUGAUCCAAAGGACGAAACACAGAAUGAGGAGCAUAAGAGGACGCGUAUUGCUGCCUUUGACUUUAUGUCAGCGCGGACGAAUAUCAAAGCUAACCAGCAACUACAGGACCAUACUCUUAUAAUACCCAAAUCCAACAAACGAUUCUCCGCCUCUGCCUUUGACUGGAAAUGGUGGGAUCCUGGCGUCCCGUCAAAACUGAAACAACUCACUAUAGAUGGUUACACGAUUGUCAUUAUCUCGAACCAAAAAGCAGUCAGUCUGAAGCCAGAUACAAAGACGAAGACUGGAAAUUCUGACUCAAAGAGCCUGGCUACACUGAAGGAGAAGGUCACAGCCGUGCUGGAUGCGCUGGACCUAGGUGUUUCGGUUAGUAUAUAUGCUGCCACGGAAUAUGAUGAGUACAGGAAGCCGAGGAUGGGGAUGUGGAGAGAGAUAGUAAAGGAUCUGGGACUGGCUGCAGAAGGUGACGCGGAUGGGAAAGAAGGGUCGACGCUGGAUUUAGAAAACUCGAUAUUCGUUGGAGACGCUGCAGGCAGAAAGGGUGACCACUCUUGCUGUGAUCGAAACUUUGCUGCAAACGUUGGGAUACCUUUCAGGACUCCCGAGGAGUUCUUUCGGGAUGAACCACCCAUUCCCGUGGAAGUUGACGUGUUCGAUCCAAAGAGUUAUAUCGCUACACCAUCGCCUAAUGGGAAGGAUGAGUCUUCCUCCCCCUUCUCAAAACAGAGUGAUACAGAGAUGGUGAUACUAUGUGGCAGUCCGGGAUCAGGGAAGUCAACAUUCUACUGGAAGUACUUACAGCCUCUAGGCUAUGAGAGGGUGAAUCAAGACAUCCUCAAGACGAGACAGAAGUGUCUAAAAGUUGCAAACGAACAUCUGCUGGCCGGCAAGUCUGUGGCAGUCGACAACACCAACGCCAACAAAGCCACCCGCUCCGAAUGGAUAUCUCUUGCAAAAACGCACAACAUCCCAAUCAUAUGUAUCUACCUCACCACUCCUAUAACAGUCUGCAAACACAACAACGCCGUACGAGCAGCAAAUCCAAACCAGGAAUCGCUGAACCCGGAAUCCCGCACCAUGCUUCCGCCAAUAGCAUUCGGUGACUUUGUACGCCGGUUUGAGGAGCCGGAUGUGUCUGAGGGAUUUAGGGAUUUGGUCAGUAUCGGAUUCCGGUUUGAUGGGAGUCAGGAAGUGAGGGAUAUAUGGGCACAGCACUGGAUAUAG